UAUCUUCAUUAUUGCUUUUUUUGCUAUUAAGCUUCUGAUUCAAUAUAUUUCUACUUAAAAAUGAAUACUUUAUCAUUAUUUCUAACUAUUCCAUAUUUGAUGGUAGUAACUGAAUGUUGUAUGCGAAUGGUUCCACCAGAUGAUGUAUAUAUUCCGAGUACAUUGGCUCCGGUGGAAAGUACUAUGGCUCCUGAGGUGAGCACAAUGACUCCUGAAGGUCUUUCUACCUCUGCGGAAACCGAGGCGCCUGAGGUAACAAUGAUGACAACACCUGCAAUGGAGACAUCGACCGUAACAGAACAACUAUGCAAAAUUAGUGCAGCCACGUGCCCAGAUUUGGCGUCAGUGGUCAUAGACAACGUGGACAUGACGACUGACACGGGCGGCUGCAUUGAAUUAUCGUGUGUACCUGGAAAUGUUCCAUUUCUUGGUGCUUCAUUUGAUAACAGUGAAAUACCACCACCUACUGCAGGUGACGUAGGUGAUGAUUUUAUAAUUAUAGCCCCAAUACCUCCUCAAGUAGUUGUCGGCGGGCUAAAUGGAUAUUAUGGACUCGUGUGUGAGAAUAAUAAGUUGAAGGCAACGAAGUAUCCACUUGGAAUUACCACAUUUUCCGGUAGUGGUACUCACGGAGCAGAUGGGUCAUUCAGUGGGAAGAAAUCGGCUCUAAACCAACUAACUUGCGACUGAUUUUUCGGAUUGUAUGAUGAACACAACUAUUGAUGAUUUAAUAAGUUUUUUUUUCGGAAUAAAAUUUUUAGUGGUC